GCGGCACUUACAGUAUCCUUCCAUGAAACCGCAGCAGUGCAUACAGGAGAGCAGUAGCAUUAGCAGUAGCAACAGUGUCGAUCUCAUUAAACUCGUAUUGAUCGAUAUCGAUACAAACGUUGGUGCCCAUAAUAUCGAUAUCUGGAUCGACCCGAACACCACUAGUAGCGGCAGGAGCCGGUGAGCUCACAAUAUGCGUCUAGAAUGGACGUCACGUCUCUGUUUCUUGAUUCUUCACUUCGUGUUUGCAGACCAGGAAACCAUCUCAGCUCAGUCUGGGCAGAACGUCACUCUGACAUGUCAAGCUUCAAACAACACCAUCCCAGUUGUGGAGUGGAAAAGAGCUGAUCUGGGAGAAUAUGUAAUUUCAUAUCGGGAUGAGCAGUCUGAUCCAGAGGAGCAGCAUCCAACUUUUAAGAACCGGGUGGAUCUGCAGGACAGAGAGAUGAAGGCUGGAGACGUGUCUUUGAUUCUGAAGGAUGUGACGGUUAAUGACGCUGGAACAUACGAGUGUCGUGUUGCCCAGAAAUCAGGAGAAUCAAUGGGGCUUCUCUGCAACAUCACACUUAGUGUUGUUGAUCCUCCAGGUCAGACAGGAGGAGACACAGAGGAUGGAGGGAAGGAGGAGAGGGAAGGAGGCUGGAUCUGUUGGACUAAAAGUUGGUCUUCCAGUUGCUGCUGUUGUUGUUGUUGUUACUUUUGUUGGUGUCGUGAUCUACAGAAAAUGUAAACAACAGAAGCAGGGUUCUUUCCAGCCUCCAGCUGAACAGCAGCAUGUUUGUAAUGUUUCUGUUUUUUUUCCAGAUGAUCUGAGUCUACGUCCACACGUACACGGGUAUUUUUGAAAACUCAAAUUUUUCUUUUUUUCUUUUUUUAAAUCCCGUCCACACAUGCGUUUUUUAAAAAGGUCUCCGUUCACAUGCGAACGCCAAAAACAAAGUCAAACGCUGUCAAGAACAUGCCACAUCCUAGCCAUGUAGAAAUGUUGGCCAAUCAGAAGUCUAGAAGCCUGGGAGCGAAAGAGUAAGCUGUAAGGUUUUAUGCAAACUUUAAGAACGUUUUUGUGUUUUUCUGGAAAGGCAGCUAAUUUUGUGUUACUUUUCAAGUGUCUUCAUCAUUUUCAAAUGUUAAUAACCAAAGAAAGUAUUUUGGCUGGUGUAGACUUACAACUUAGCAAUGAACAAAUGCAUAAAUUUAAUUAAACAAAAAUGAAACUUAUUCAAAACCGACGUUGGUGUCAGGUUUUUGGUUGUGAGAGCAACACUGAGCAUUCAUGGUACAGUUUAGAAUAUCCUGAAAUUACAUUUUAUAACAUCUAACAUUUUGUAUUAAGCAUCUUUGUAAACUUUGACUAAAUAUUUAUCACAAAUAUGUAUAUUUUUUGUGCUUAAAGAAAAUAUUUAGUGGUUUUCAAGGAAGUGAGACAGGAGCAGACUGAAAUGUCACAUGUGCCUUCACAAAUUUCUUCAAGUUUUAUUUAUUUAUUUAUUUAUUUAUUUAUUUGGUGCGACGCAUCGAUAAACAGUCCAGCAGAUAUUUUCAGGUUUUAUGUUUAAACAUUAUUAUUAUUAUUAUUAUUAUUUAAGUUGUAUAAAAAUGGUCCAAAGAACAAGUUGUGUCUUUAGCUCCUCACUGACUGCUCAACAAUCUGAACUGUAAGCCUUUAUAUUUAUUUGAAAAGAGAAAGUUGUUACUUUUGCUUGUUAUAUCAAACUACCUGCUGCUUCACUUUAUACAGAUAAAACAUAUUUAUAUUACAAAAGCGUCUGACAUUUAUUAUAUAUAGCUUUAAGCACUGCAUGCAUUUAACUGUAUUGGAGCACACUGUAUUUAAUAUAUUUAUUUUGACUGCAGACUUCAUUGGUGAUGAUGAGUAGGAUUUUUUAUUAUAUUGUAAAAAUGAAAUGUAAUUGACUUCGAUUCAUACAAUUGUUAUGCUCCUGUUUCAGGGGGUUUGUGGUUCUAAUGUUUCUACUGUAAAGAUAAAGUGCCUUUUGAUAUGACUGUUGUUGUUUCCUGAAUAAAACUGAAGCUGGAAUCAAAGUGAUCCAUGUUUUGCUUGUUUCUUUUUUGUUUUUCUUGCAGUUUUCAGACAAUUUUACUACAAAUAUUAUUUUACCAAUAAAUAUUAAGAAUACAUAAUGACUCCCAUAAACUGUGACAGAGUUCAUAAACACAACAGCUGCUAUAAAUGUUGUAAAACAUGUUUAUGUUUUAAUUUGUUAACCUGGUUGUUUAUG